AUCUCCAGUCUCAUGGCAAGGAUCAAACAGCUUGAAUAUAGAGGUAAAUGUGAGCAAGAUUCGUCUCGACUUAAAGACCAGUCACUCGAGGAGGCUCAGCAACAGUGUGUACAGUUGCAAGACCAGUGCGUGCAUUUACGAGCUCAUGCCCAGCAACAAGAGGAACUUGUUGAUUCCUUGAUGGGGCAGUUGGAGACAAAAGAACGUGUGAAUCAGAUCCUGCAGAGCAAAGUAGAGGAACUUUCGUCUCAGACAAAAUUUGUUUCCAUGAAGAGCUGUCAGACAGAGGAAACUUAUUUUGCAUCACAGCCUACGGCAACUAAUGAUAUCCAGCCAGAAGAAAGCAAAAAAUUGGAUGUUUCAUUGCAGACUGUAUGUUCUGCACUAGAUGCAGUGGAUGCAGAAAUUCAGACAGAAGCCGAGACUCAGGAAGAUUUAAUGACAAAAAGCAUAGGAAGUGUGCCUCUUCAACAAGCCAGGCAGAUAGAAACAUCUACAUUGUCAACCCAAACAGAAGAAAGUUUAAAGAAUGAAAUAUGCAAUGUUCAAGAUGCAGAAACACAGAGUGAAGAGUGUAAGGAACCACAGGGCAUCAGCACAGGUAUCCAGUGCACAUCAGAAACUGUUGUGAAGUCGUGCCAGACUCAGAUCCUUACCCAAAGUCACACUGUGCAAACUGACUUGACAAGUGCAAAUAGCCAUAUUCAGCCAAAGAAGGUAGUUAAAGAUAUUCCAUGCCAGACAUCAGCACUUGGAAGGCAAGCAGCAGUUCAGACAGAUGUCCAGGAAGAUCCAUCUCCUCGGAAGUCACCAGACGGCCAGCAGGAGGCGAGCCCUAGUAUUAGUGUUCACGAUAUAACAUCAGCACUUGAACCAGUACUCCUUAACUUUUCAAAUGAUGUUAAAACUCUGAUAACAGAUACAUUUGAUGUCAACCAGACCUCUGCCUUAGAGAAUAUUAGUCAGUGUCUUAUUAGGGAGAUACAAAAUAUUGGAAGCAGUCUUGAGACAUCUCUCCAGCAAGCAUCUUCACUGCAGUGUGAAGAUACUCAACAGAAAUUUAGCAGUGCUAUGGACCGCAUUGAGGACUCCUUGCGAUCGCGGCUAGAGACAACUGCGCAACUUCUCCAAAGCAGGGAGAGAAAUAAUUCAGGAGAGAUUCAGGAGGUUCUUGAGAAGGUAAACUCUUCUCUUGUCACGAGGUUUGAAGAAGUGAGGAACGACCUGAAUAAGAUACAGAGGCAGAGGGAGUCUACUGAACAAGAUGUUUUGGAGAAGCUGGAUUCUUCCUUCAGAAAUCUUAAGGAGAAUAAUGACUACAGUCUGAAGAGCUUAUCAGACUCAAUCAAAACAAGCAAAGACUAUAAUAUGCAUGCCAUUGAGACUCUGAAGGAUGAUUUGAUGCCAAAGUUUGCUGAAAUGAAGAGGGCUAUUGCAGCUAACCAGCCUGAAGAUAGUGGCAUAUCAGAAAGCCUCAACAGGGAUAUCACAGAUAAGUUGGGGAAAAUGGAGAGGUCCCUCGUGUCAUCAUUCGAGAAGAGUCUGAGCAAUCAGGAUUUGUCAGGUGUAGAGCAUGAAGUUCACAGAAUGUCAGAAGAAUUGCAAAGAAAGAUCUCAGCUCUACAGCAUGGCCUGCAGUCUGUUGAUUCAGGCUCAAGACUGGAUUUGACAGAGGUGGAUGCAGACUUGAAGAGCAUCAGGGAGAGCAACAAGCAGGUCAUGUCCCUCCUUAAAGCCCGGUCUUCCGAAGCAAACACCAAUCUGAGCGAAGCGCUGGAAGAGAAUUUCCUCAUUCUGCAAGAUAACUUGCGUCGACUCCAGCAGACUCUGGUGCAGAGAAUUAAUGAAGUGUCUCAGCAUGCUAAUAUAGCAGAGGACCAGAAAUUGUCCUGGCUGUCCAAGCAGAUAACAGAGAUGGCCACCCAGGUCACAGGGAUGCAGACAGGACUCAUGCGCAUGCAGUCGUCCCUCGAAGCAUCCCAGAGUCUGCCUUCUGCCAGUGGAAUCCUUGAUGAGUCUCUUAUAUCAUCCCUGAAAGCCAGUAAUGAGCAAGCAGUGUCAAGUCUGAAGUUCCAGAACCAAAGCAUGAUACAGCUGUUAGAAUCUUUGCAGAAGGAUAUCCAUAGCUUUAUGCAUCAGAAACCCAUUGCAAAGGAUGGGCCUGAAGUGCAGCUGUUAAAAGAUUCUUUACAUAAUAAAGAACUGGAACUGGAUAGACUCUCUAGCAGUCAAGAAAAACUUCAAGAGAAGGUUCGCUUUCAGAGUGCAAAUCUGGAACGUUUACAGCAAGCAGAACUCCACCACCAGCAGACAAUAGAGUCUCUCACGAGGGAGCUGAAGGAGGCACAGAACACACUCAGAGAAAAGGAUGAGAGAAUUCACGAAGUAGCACUCAAGACAGCCAGCCAGAAUGACGAUUCCUCCAGGAUCCGUCAGGAGAAUUUCCGCCUCAGCUCAGAGAAUGGCAAGCUCUCAGCACUGUUGCAGGCAGAGCAACAUCAGAGGCAGUGGUACGAGGGGGAGCUGCAUGGCCUGAAGGAGGCUAAGGAUAUUUCUGAGGCCAAAGUCCAAGAGUUGAUCCAACUCAUACAAAUGCCGCGACAGCAGCCUCCCAUGCUCCGCACUCCUCCGACAGGCAGAGACAACGAUGAUGACAGUCUUGCAGAUAAGAAGAAAGAAAUAAGGAAACUGGAAGAGGAAAAGGUGGAGGCAGAGAACCGGCAUAAGGAAGAAUGCAACAGAGCUCAGCGUUUGGAACUGCGGCUGAGAGAAACCGAGGCUGAGCUGGGAUUGGAAAGAAAUUCCAAAGGGGAACUCGAGAAGCAGCUGAGGAAGACUAAGGAGAGCCUCACACAGCUCCAGCAAGGUAUCCAUGAAGCCACACAAAAUCAAGAAUCUCUGCAGGAUCUGACCGACCAAAAGAAAGAGCUAGAAGCUGAGCUCAGGAAUAGCAAUGACACCAUAGAAACUCUCAGGAAGAAAAUAGAGAGCAUAAACCAAGAGAAGCUGCAGCUGAAACAGGAAGUCAUGAUGCUGAAAGGAGAGAAGCUGUCCUUUGAACUGAUCAGGCUCCCCAGAGAAUAUGUGCCAAAAGCAACACUCCUCCACCUUCAGGCUGAGAUUGAGAGCAAGUGUCAGCUUGAGUUGAGCAACAAACUUGCUGAAUUAAACCAGCUCAUUGACCAACAGAGUCAGCAACAGCAGUCCCAAGCCAAAGUCAAAGAAUCUCAAGAACAGGGACUAAGGAACGAAAUCUCGAGGUUAUCCGAGGAAAUAAUACGGCUGCGGGCAAAACUAAGUGUGUAUAGUGAGGAGGAAGAUACGUGGAAAACACGGCACAACAGACUCAUGGAUCUCUACCAACAUGAAGUGCAGACCAAACAUAACCACAUCCACAAAAACUCACAGAUAAACAAACCCAAAGAAGAAUCGCUUUCCAUCAACCUCCGUGAGAUCAAUGCUCAUCUGCAGACGCCCUUUGCCUCAUCAACAUUUCUGGGGCAGCUAACACCACCUUCGUCUAUGCACCUUCCAAAGGCUCCUAGCAAUAUUGACAGUUACCAUUAUACUCACUCGGACACACUAGACCGAACCCUCAACAAGUACCUAAGUUCCGUUGAUGAAAGGCCAAGGUCCAUGAGAACAGACGACAAACCCCAAGCCAGAACAUCGCCAGUCCAGCCUCCUCCCACACUUUGGCGGAAGGAGCAGCUGCCAACCCUAGACAAAUCCUGUGAAGAUUACGUUGACCUUCUACGGAAGAAGUACGGCCUAUGAUGGGACGUAUACAAUUGUACACUGUUAAUAAUCGAUGGAGAGGGAUGAUCAGGAUGAUUUGUAUCGCAGCAAUGACUGUAGUUUUAUAAGUCAUCAGAAUGCAUUUUUUAGUGUGUCCUUCCACACAUUUGUAAAAUGGGUGAUUACUGAUAGAUGUGUUUUAUUUUUUAAUGACUGAAUUCCUUGAUUAACUGUGCUAUGAAUAGUCCUCUACCUCGUGGUGUAAUUAGAAGCCGUCCAUACUAAUGAUACUGUCCUUUAUGUGCCUGGAUUUUUAUUUUUAGAACUUUUUAAUAUAUGGAGUUAAUGUUAUGAAAUGUGGAUAUCCUAACUAAUCAGAGAAAAGUGAUUGCCUUUUUUCUAAUUGGUGAUUUUGAUAUUUGAAUGACAGAAAAGUGAAUCUGUAUAAUCUAUAUCAGCCCCUUUGAAUAGGCUUAAGGAAAAUGCAACGGCCACAAAUGAGCACGUUUCAUGUUUCAAAAAAUGUUUAGCAUUAUAAAAAUAGUUGGUAAUGAUUAAGAAACACUGGAAAUUUAUGGAUUUUAUUAUUUACUCUGAGGGGUUAAGUACACUCCAUAAAUG